AUGAGUCAGAAGGCGGUUAAGGAGGGCCCCAGACUCUCCAAGAACCAGAAGUUUUCCGAGCACUUCAGCAUACACUGUUGCCCGCCAUUCACUUUCCUCAACUCCAAGCGUGAGAUUGUGGAUCGGAAAUACAGCAUCUGUAAGAGUGGCUGCUUCUACCAGAAGAAAGAGGAGGACUGGAUCUGCUGCGCCUGCCAGAAGACCAGAACCAGCCGCCGUGCAACGUCCCCUCAGAGGCCCAAGCAACAGCCAGCUGCGGCCCCCGCGGUGGUCAGAGCACCAGCCAAGCCACGGUCCCCUCCGAGGUCUGAGCGUCCGCCACGCCCCCGCCCAGAGGUCCGACCACCGCCAGCCAAGCAGCGCCCCCCUCAGAAGGCCAAGCAGCAGCCGCGCAGCAGCCCCCUCAGAGGGCUGGGCGCCAGCCGUGGGGGGUCCCCCGUCAAAGCUUCUAGGUUCUGGUAA